CCUGCCACGGGCACAGCCCGCCCGGGAAGGAGCGAGGGAGGGGAGCCGGCCCUUGCAUAGCGGGGCAGCGCUUCGCAGCGCCGCUUCCUCCUCCUGCCCGCCCGGCACCGCGAACAGGACAGGCGGCAGCGGCCCGAGCUGGUGCUUCUCAGUGAAGAGAAGAUAAUUCAGAGAGACCAGCGAUGCCUUGGCCGAGCAGAAAGAGGGACAAAGAAGCAGUAGCAGAUAAAGAAGAGUCUGAUGCUAAAAUUGCCAAAACCGAGGAGAAGGCUUCGGAUAAGCAGGAAGAAGAGAAGUCUGCAAAACCUCCAGCUGGAAAAUCCACAUCAGGAUGGAAGAACUGGAAGAAAAAAGCAUCUGAGUCCGGUGGGGAAGAAAGCAAGAUCACGUAUUGUCACUGGCUGCUGAAAUCAGAACCAGAGAGCAGGCUGGAGAAGGGGGUGGAUGUGAAGUUCAGCAUUGAUGACUUGAAAGCUCAGCCUAAUCAGACAACCUGCUGGGAUGGAGUAAGGAACUACCAGGCAAGGAAUUUCCUGAGAUCCAUGAAACUUGGGCAGCAGGCUUUCUUCUACCACAGUAACUGCAAAGAGCCUGGCAUUGUGGCCAUCGUCAAGAUCGUAAAGGAGGCGUACCCUGAUCACACGCAGUUUGAUAAGAAGCAUCUUUAUUAUGACUCCACCAGCAAAAAAGAGAACCCCAAAUGGUCCAUGGUGGAUGUGCAGUUUGUGAGGAUGACCAAGCGCUUCAUCCCCCUCUCUGAGAUCAAGGUUCACCACCUGGAACACAAAGCCAAGGGGGGGCCCCUCAAGAACAUGAUGCUCUUUGCCAAGCAGCGCCUGUCCGUCCAACCCCUGACACAAGAGGAAUUUGAUUUUGUCUUGAGCCUGGAAGAGUAAAAGCCACAUGAAAGCAGCACAGCUCUGCUGAUGCCUGCUCCUCCACCAGCACAACUUUCAAAUUUACCUGCUCAGCCGUAGCACCAUGAACCACGAUCUGCAGCCACACAUCCCUUCCCCUGACAGUGUUAUUUUUGCUUAUUUUUUUCAAUAAACAAAGCAUUUUGAAAUCAA